AUGCGCAGGCCGGACGGCAAGAUCGUGCUCCUGGGCGACGUGAGCGUGGGCAAGACGUCGCUGCUGCGGCGCUACAUGGAGCGGCGCUUCGCGGACGCGGCCAGCACGGUGGGCGGCGCCUUCUACCUGAAGCAGUGGCGCUCGCACCACAUCUCGCUCUGGGACACGGCAGGGCGGGAGCAGUUCCAUGGCCUGGGCUCCAUGUACUGCCGGGGGGCGGCCGCCAUCAUCCUCACCUAUGACGUGAACCACCUGCAGAGCCUGCGGGAACUGGAGGACAGGUUCCUGGGCCUGACCGACACGGCCAGCACCGACUGCCUCUUUGCCAUCGUGGGCAACAAGGUGGACCUCAGUGAGGAGGGGCCGGCGGGCCAGGAGAGGGAUGGGCAGGGCCCUGGGUCGGCCUGUGGCGGUGGCGCCUCGCCCAGGGUGGCCAGGCAGGUGCAGCCGGAGGACGCGCUGGCGUUGUACAGAAAGAUCCUCAAGUACAGGAUGCUGGACGAGAAGGAUGUGCCGGCCGCCGAGCAGAUGUGCUUUGAGACCAGCGCCAAGACCGGCCACAACGUGGACCUCCUGUUUGAGACCUUGUUCGACCUGGUGGAGCCGGUGAUCCUGCAGCACCGGGCAGAGCAGCCGCCGCAGACCGUGGAGCUCAGCAAUCACAAGCCCCCCGGACGGACCAAGUCGGGGUGCUGUGCCUGACCUGCGCCCCUGGCCGGCCCGGGCGCUGCGGCAGGAAGGCCUGGGGGGUGGGGGCUCCUCCCACUGCAGGAGACCCCGGGCGAGGACGCUGGGUGUGGGCUAGCCAUGGUGUGCAGGGAAGCGGUGGCUGCGAAUCAUCAGGAAACCCCCGCAGAAGCAGUCCCGGCACAUGCCCCCCAGUCGAUGUUACCCGACCCCUGCGGGCUGACAGGUGUGCCUGCCCCUGCACAGGGGUGCCUGUGCCCCAAAGUGUUUCUCUUCACUGUGAUUUACCUUUGGCCCCAGUCCAGUCCUUGAUGCUGAGGUGCCAUUGAGGGCGGGUGUUCAAUGUAUACAAAAUCAGAAUUCUGUGCUUACGUGGGCUGCAGCGCCGUGAGUCAGAGAAUUAAACACGACUUGGGAGCCAACGUGUGGAGACUGUGAUUUA